UUUAUGUGAGAGUUGAGCUCGCGCUGCGGAGCUGAGAGCACGUGCGAGUUUCUGCAGGUGAAGAGCGCGGUUGGGGAAGUUGUCCGGUUUUGAGAGACAGCCGCAGUGCUGCGUGUGGAGUCUGAGAGGGACGCGCUGUUUGUGCUGAUUUUCAGGUUUUGAACGAAACCAGAGUGUUUCUGUUGAGCAGAUCCGAAGGUGUUUACCUGCCGCACCACGUGCUGACAAGAGCUGAUCAGAACUCGGGAGGAGAACCAGCUGAGACAAACUGAAGAACUCCUGGAGAACCUGCAGCAGGAGAUUGAUGAUCUAAAGAGGAGAAACACUGAGCUGGAGCAGCUUUCAGUCACAGAGGAUCACAUCCAUUUCCUCCAGUCUGCGAGUGCAGGAAAAUGGCAGAGGCCAGUAUUUCAGUAGAUCAGGACCAGUUCAGCUGUCCAGUCUGUCUGGAUCUGCUGAAGGAUCCAGUGACUAUUCACUGUGGACACAGUUUCUGUAUGGUGUGUAUUAAUGGCUGCUGGGAUCAGGAGGAUCAGAGGGGGGUCUACAGCUGCCCCCGGUGCAGAGAGACCUUCACUCCGAGGCCUGUUCUACGCAGAAACAACAUGAUGGCUGAAAUGUUGGAGAAAGUGAAGAAGACAGAACUCCAAGCUGCUCCUCCUGCUCACUGUUAUGCUGGACGUGGAGAUGUGGAGUGUGAUUUCUGCACUGGGAGGAAACGCAAAGCCAUCAAGUCCUGUUUGGCCUGCAUGGUUUCUUUUUGCGGAACUCACGUUCAGUCUCACUAUCAGUCUCCUGCGUUUAAGAAGCACAAGCUGGUCAAAGCCUCCACACGACUACAGGAGAAGAUCUGCUCUCGACACGACAAACUGCUGGAGAUCUACUGCCGUACUGACCAAAGCUGCAUCUGUUGUUUGUGCGCGAUGCAUGAACACAAAGGCCACGAGACAGUUGUAGCUGCAGCAGAAAGAGCAAAGAAGCAGAAUCAGCUGAAGAAGGUUCAGAAGAAAUCCCGGCAGAGACUCCAGCAGAAAGAGAAGAAGCUGCGGGAGCUGAAACAGACUGUGGUCACUCUUAAGCGCUCUGCACAGGCAGCAGUGGAGGACAGUGAGAGGAUCUUUACUGAGCUGAUCCGCUCCAUUGAGAAAAAGCGCUCUGAGGUAACAGAGCUGAUUAGAACUCAGGAGAAGAACCAGCUGAGACAAACUGAAGAACUCCUGGAGAACCUGCAGCAGGAGAUUGAUGAUCUAAAGAGGAGAAACACUGAGCUGGAACAGCUUUCAGUCGCAGAGGAUCACAUCCAUUUCCUCCAGAGUUUCCCGUCUCUGAGUGUCUCUUCUGGAUGUGAGGACUCCUCCAGCAUCACUGUCCAUCAACAUCCCUCAUUUGAUGGAGUGAGGAAAUCUCUCUCUGAUCUGAAAGAGAGAGUAGAGGAAUUCUGCAAGAAGGAAUUCAGUAAAAUAAGACCUUUCAACCUAAAGAAGUGUGAAGAUCACUAUGCUGCUGCAGCAGUUCAGCCGAGUUUAUCCUCAGAGCCAAAAACCAGAGAAGAUUUUCUACAGUAUUUCUGUCGACUGACUCUGGAUCCCAACACAGUAUAUCAUAAACUGGUUCUGUCUGAGAAGAACAGAGUGGUGAAGUGGAGAGGAGGAGCAGAGCGUUACUCUAACCACCCAGAGAGAUUUGACCACUGGCCUCAGGUGUUGUCUAAGGAGAGUGUGAGUGGACGCUGUUACUGGGAGGUUGACUGGGACAAUGGGGGAUGGGGGGUGUCUCUAUCAGUGUCAUAUAAAGGGAUCAGCAGGAAAGGAGCGGGUAACAAUUGUGCAUUUGGAGGCAACGACAUAUCCUGGAGUCUGUUGUGUUGUUCUGUUCUCUCUUUCUGGCACAACAACAUUGAGACUAAGAUCCCAGGCUCAGCAUCCUCCAGAAUAGGAGUGUAUGUGGAUCACAGGGCAGGAACUCUGUCCUUCUACAGCGUCUCUGACACAAUGACCCUCCUACACACAGUCCGCACCACAUUCACUCAGCCGCUCUACGCUGGGUUCUGGUUGAAGAAGGGAAGUUUCAAGUUAUGUGAUCCAGAUUAUGUUUCUGGUUGGUAAUAUGUAGAAAACAGAAAGCCGUCUUGAAAAAGACAAAUUAGUUUUCGACUGAAGUUAGCUUGAAAAGGCAGACUUGCACAUUGCUUCCAAUCAUGUUAAACCAAAAUGCUGGUGCUUUUAUGAUAGGUUUCCAUCAGGACAGUGCAGCUGUAUGGAAAAUGCUGUACACUAAUGGCUUAUUAAUAUCAUAUAUCAAUCCAUUGUUUUAACAAUGCUUAGUCAGUAAGAUUGAAAAAGAUUACCAAAAACAUGUACGUUUUAUUUAA